CCAAAUACCAAAUACAAGCAAGGCACAUAUAAAGAAAAAGAAAAGAAGGAAGACAGAAGGGCAGCGUGCAUUGUUUCUGACACUGACGCCUCUGGAAGACUCCCAAGAGCAACCACUGAGAAGAACCUCCUCCCUCCCUCUUCCUCCCUUUACUCUCCUCCUCUCUCCUCACCCAGCACUCUCAGCCAUCCAUGAGUGGGACCAACUCCUCUGCCUAUCGAUCGGAGCGUAGUUUCCACCAGACCUCGUCCUCAUCCUCUGGGAACCCCUACAUGGAGAAGAGCCGGGGACUGUUCGCCGAGGACUUCGGCUCCUUCAUGCGGCCUGGGAGCGACGCCUUGGGCUUCUCCAGCGGAUCUGGAAAUAUCAAAACUCUUGGGGAUUCGUAUCAGUUCACAGUUGACGUGCGAGACUUCUCCCCUGAAGAUGUCAUCGUCACCACAUCCAACAACCAGAUUGAAGUUCGUGCAGAAAAGUUGGCCCAGGAUGGUUCGGUCAUGAACAAUUUCACGCACAAGUGCCAGCUACCCGACGAUGUGGACCCCACCUCGGUGACAUCAUCGCUGGCCGCCGACGGGACCCUGACGGUCACGGCGCGGCGACACCCGGCCAAGCACGAGCUCGCACAGACCUUCCGCACCGAGAUCAAGAUCUAGAGGGGGGGCCCCGCUAGCGCAUCACAGGCCUCUUGUUUUUUGUGCUACUUCCUGUAUUUCCUGCCUUCACUGAAACCAUUCUACUUUAAACACUCACGUCCCGCGGCUGACAGGAUGCCUGUUGCUGCUCAUCAACACUCUGAGUUAGUCCACCACACUCAGCAGCCAUUAGGUCACACCUGCAUGUAACAUAUGGAGACACGUGGGUUGGACAUGUACAGCAUGUCUCUCUCUUUCUCUCUCUCGCUCUCUCUCUCUCUCUCUCUCUCUCUGUUGCACACACACACACACACACACACACACACACACACACACACACACCCCUACACGCACACAGCCACUAACCAAUCGGUUCACCACUUUACUCCUAUCCUCUAACACAGUUCUAAAAAUCCGAGUCACCUCAAUUGAUGGUUGCCACUUUAAUAAUAACUUAUUGUGUAUUAUUAUUUUUGUGAA